UUUGAUAUAAUGGUUAAACAUGUCCGGUUGGCAUUCGUUCUACCUCAUAUUUGACAUAACUAAAUAAAUGAGAGUUAGCCUAAGCUGUGUUUAGGAGAUUCUGCGUCUGCCGCUGCGUGAAAUGAACCCGAUUCACGCAAACAUGAAGUCUCUGUCUGCAAAUAAAAUCAUUUUUUUUAGGUUAAUGCAGUUUGGAUGGUUCGUUGACGCCGAAGCUAAUAUAAGCCCCAACUUGUAUUCGACGCGAAGCGGUGCACUAAUAUGACUCUUCUUCAUGUGUCUGCUUACAUCUGUAACCUGACAGCUAGUUACUGUCAGCCAGACUGGAAUAAACGGACUUGAAUCCAGUGCAGAGCCUAGUUCGCGCCAGUCGUGAAUUCAAAAGUUCUAACGUUAUUUCAUCCCUAGACAGUAACGGGUUUAACGGACUUCACAUCUCUUAAUCCAGACGGAAACCUAAUGAAAUGAUGUGCCGGUCAAGCAGCUCGAGUUUCGGCGCUGGAUAUUAGAGCUUCGGUCACUGCUGUGGAUGAACCGGAGCCGGUGGCGGUCAGCUGGACAUGGCCAGCUCACACCUGGCUGAUCUGUCCCAGGCCUGGGAGAACUACACGGACUGCCGCGCGCAGGGCGCAAACCUGCAGCUCAGUCUUCAGUGCUUGGAGAGUUUUCUGUGCACGUUUCACUGUGUGCGACAGCUCAGUGACCCGAGAGCAAAGGAUGCGCUCAAAUUCUGCUCGGACAUGAGUGGGGCCAGUAACACCCUGGCACGGGAGUUCCUGACCGAUGUGCACCAGUUGUGUAGUGCGGUGGCCCAACAGGCCGAGGUUGAGGAGGAGAGUCACAUGGUGGCACUGGGAGAGUAUCUGGUGCGUGGACGCGGGUUCCUGCUCCUCAGCACCCUGGACUCUGUCAUUGACCAGGAGUUGACCUGUCGGGAAGAGCUGCUUACACUCUUGUUGUCUCUGCUACCUCUGGUCUGGAAGAUUCCUGUUCAGGAGGAGAAAGCCCCAGAUUUCACCCUGCCUUCACUACUAGAGGUUUUUCUAUGCCAAGAGGGAAGGACCAUCCCACAAAAGGCAGGGCAAGAUAGAUGUGAUGAGCAGAACUCUGGGAAGCAUUUAUCUGGCUCCUGGAAGUCAUGUCGUUCACGUAGAACAGCUCAGCGGUACUCAGUGAGGGAUGCACGCAAAUCUGAGCUUUCCACAUCAGAUUCUGAAGCCAAUUCGGAUGAUAAGACCACAAAUACUGGGAGCAAACAUCGCAGAUUCCACAGUUCAGCUGUUCGUGUUAGUUGCCAGCUUCACCAGUCCAACAAUCCAUUACAGCCAGCAUUGCAGCUUCCCACUCUUGAUGCCAUGAGCACCACUGAGCCUUCCCAACCUCACAGACUGUUUGGAUCUCACAUUUUAGAUCCUAACAUGCUAACAGACCCCACCACUCUCUCCAUCUUCAACCGCAUGAAGAACUCGCCUUUUGACCUUUGCCAUGUCCUACUCUCUCUUCUUGAAAAAGUCUGCAAAUUUGACAUGACCAUCAAUCAUAACCCAAGCUUGGCAGUCAGUGUUGUACCCACGCUCACAGAGAUACUCACAGACUUUGGUGACUGCUGUGGUCCUGUUGGUGGUGGUAGAGGUGGGAUCGAUGAGCUAGCUGGAGGCUGGACUGAGGAGCCAGUUGCACUUGUUCAAAGGAUGCUUUUACGCACAAUUCUGCACUUGAUGUUUGUAGAUGUGGGUCAAAAUGAGACACUUCCUGAUAAUCUGCGUCGAAGCUUGACUGACCUCUUUAGAGCAACUUUAAAGAUUCGUACCUGUUUAGAAAGGCAAGCUGACCCUUUUGCACCAAGGCCAAAGAAGACUCAAGAGGAGAUACAAGAGGAUUUUUCCUUUUCAAAGAACCGUCACCGGGCCUUGCUACUGCCAGAACUCUUGGAGGGUGUCCUCCAGUUACUACUAGGCUGUUUACAGGUCUGUGCUCCAAACCCUUUCUUUUUCGGUCAGUCUCUUGAGUUAGUUCAUGAAUUUGUCCAAUACCGUGGCUUGGAGCUCUUCGAAGCAACAGCUCUCCGCCUUGAGGCCUUAGCAGAAUCUCGAGAUUCAGAAGUCAGCAGUGAGGCAUCAGAGCGUCUUCGUUGUCUGAUAGCUGAUGUACUUAAGAUAAUCAGUGCGGUCAAGAGGGCCAAGUCAGAGCAGCUACACCAGUCUGUUUGUGCACGUCGUCGACAUCGUCACUGCGAAUACUCCAACUUUUUGCACCAUCACCGUGACCUCUCAGGACUGCCGGUAUCCGCUUUCAAGCAAGCAGCCCAAUGUAAUCCUUUUGAGGAGAUCUCAGAGGGUCAUGAAGGAGAAGUGCGGUACCCCGAACGCUGUUGUUGCCUUGCAGCUUGCACCCACCAAUGUUUGCGCCUUUUUCAGCGCUUGUCACCCUCAGGUCCUGCUGUGCUGCAGGUAUUGGCAGGUGUGCAAACUGUUGGCAUCUGUUGCUGCAUGGAUCCAAGGUCCAUAAUUGGACCAAUGCUCCAGGCAUUUCAGGCUCCAGGACUUCGGAGCUACCAGUCCCAUGUGUUGAGUGUCCUUAGUAGACUAGUCUUAGAACAGCUUGGAGGUGGUCAACCUUCCCAAAAGGCCAAGCAUGCCUCCUGCAAUAUUUGCACUUUGGAUAGUAGCCAGUUACCUGGCCUUGAAGAGACUUUGCAGGUCUAUGGACCUAAGAAAGAAUCAAACUUAUCCACGUCCCCGUCUCCCUCUUAUCGUUCCCAAGGUAUUCUGCCCAGUGGAGGAGCUGAAGACAUGCUAUGGAAGUGGGAUGCUUUAGAGGCCUAUCAAGAAAUUGUGUUUGGGGAAGACUGGCAUUUGAGUCAACAAAUUGCCAGUCAUGUAUGUCAGUUGACUUUACGAGGCAAUGCAGUAGUGCAAUGGCAACUCUACACUCAUAUUUUUAACCCAGUACUUCAGCGGGGUGUGGAAUUAACCCAUCAUGCCCAGCAACUUGGUGUUUCAACUACUUGUAGCCAAGUCUGCAGUUACCAUACCCAUUGCUUCCCGGUUGAAGUACUACUGGUUUAUCUUCAAACUUUGCCUGCUCUGCUUAAGUCAAGCCGGGUGGUACGUGACCUGUUCCUGAGUUGUAACGGACUGAACCAAAUCACAGAGUUGAUCUACUUGGAUUGCACUCGUCUAUGGGCACUGAAAGUGUUCGAGACACUCGUUUUGAAUGCGUGGCACAAUCACGUGGAUUCUGCUGUUCAUGAGCCAGAAAGAGCAGAAGCUCAGGAGAGGGAAGCUGUUCUUGGGCUUGUAGAUGAACUGAGUUCACGUGGCGCUGGCGAAGGACCUCAGAGCCUGACUAAGUUUUAUGAAGGCCUGAAAGAGGCAUGCCCUCACCCAAAGGGCAAAAGUGCAUUUUCUGCAGUAGGGCGUAACCGAAGUGAGGCGCAUUUAAACACAAUCAACUUUUUUCUGUGUGUUGCCUUCCUAUGUGUAAGCAAGGAGGCAGACUCUGAUAGAGACUCUGCUAAUGACUCUGAAGACACCUCUGGCUAUGAUAGUACGGCUAGUGAGCCGUUGGGUGGGCGACUGCCCUGCCUUUCCCCAGACAGUGUGGCUCUUCCCUCUAAAGAACAGAUAAGGAGGGCUGCCGAUGUUUGGUCAGUAUGCCGAUGGAUAUACAUGACCAGUCCAAUAUUUCAGAGGCAGUUCUUUAGACUGGGAGGUCUAGACGUCUGUUUGCGUCUAAUGACAAUGGUCAUCCAGAAACUCACAUCUAAAAACAAAGACUGUAAAUUUAAGAAAAAGAGAGAGAGUAAGGGCAAAAGCAGUCCAUCUCAUGUAGACACUCCAACUCAAGCUCUUACAGGACAGUUUGACAAUAUAGCGACAGCUACAGGUAUGGAGGAAACCCACCAGCAUGACACACUCAGCCCCUCUCAAGACGAGACCAAGUCAAGUGACCCAACACACAGGCUUGAAGAGGAAUGGCCACUCCAGAGCAUCCGACUGCUGGAGGCGCUUUUGGCAAUCUGCCUCCACAGUGCCAAUUCAGCCAUACAGAGAUUUGAACCAGACCUUUCAUUUCAGCUUCAGUCCAUAGAGGAGACGCUGUCUGAGGUCAGGGAUCAGCUCUCUCAAUCUGGAGUUGUGAAUUCCGAACUAGCAGUUCCUCUGUUUGAUUCCUUACUACAUGUGGCAUUGGCUGAGAUGUUCUGCAGUCCAGAAGUCAUCCAGGAGAAACCUGACAAGAAGUCUCAGGUCAGCGGUGAGGUGGCACCUCCAGCAGGUGAUCUGUCAGAGGAGGUGGAUGAAGCUCAGGUGAGUGGUGCUCCACCUUUGGGAGAAGAGGAAGGCUAUGACGCAGACAGUGAAAGUGAUCCAGAGGACUCCACCCGUCAGGAAGAAGGGAUGAAGGUGGAGGCUGGAGUCUCGUCAGGGGAAUGUACGUUAGGAAUGGCAGGAGUGCCUCAGGGCUCGGGCAGCGGCCGUCUGCUGUUCCCGGAGAUCUGCUUGAUGGAGCUGCAGCUGUUAGCCAGCGGCUCUCCGGACCUGGAGGUUGUGUGCCAUGUGUUGCAGAGUCUGUUAGGAGCCGUGAAAGGCAACCACAACAAUGCAAAGCUGCUCUACCAGCAGGGUGGUGUGAAAGCCAUUCUCACUGGAUUUCAGAACAUUCUCAGCCAAUCAGAUGCCUCCUAUGAAGAGUGCCAGACAAUACUGAUGGAGCUGCUCGUUGCCAUGGUGAGUGACAGGAUCACAGCAGAGGAACUUGCCCUGUUGACACGCCUCUUCCUGGAGAAGACUCCGCCCACUGAGAUCUUGCUGAGAGGCUUGCUUCAGAUUGUGGAGGCUAAUGCAGACACAGAGCCGCUCCACUUCAUGUCCUUUCCCAUGAUCCCCGGCGCAGGGGUCCCUGGCAUGAGCUCCUCUCCUGGGAUGAGGCCUCAUGGGACGGCUGGUGGUAAGGGUGGAGUAAACACUCUUCUGAGAGGUAAAUUACCCCUGGGCCAUGGUGAAGCAGACAUGAGCAGGUCCAGUCAUCUGCGCAGCUCUCCCUGGCAUACAGCACCCUUCCACCUGCCUCUGAUGGGACAGAACUGCUGGCCUCACAUGGCCAGUGGCUUCAGCGCAUCACUGUGGGUACGAGCGGGGAAGGAUGAGGACAGCCGUUACAAGAAGGAAGAGGAGGCGUCUCUGACAGAUGUCACAGAGCAGCAGACAGACGGAUGUCUCCUCCAUGUCCUCUCCAUGGGCUCGAAGGCGCUGAUGCUUCAGGUGUGGGUGAACAUCUCCACUGGAGCCUUUACCUUCAGGAUCUGCAUCGAUCCAAACGACGAGAUGAAGGCGGGUCUGUUGUCCCAGGCCGAGUCUGGAGACGGUGUGCUGACGUCAGGCCGCUGGCAGCACUUGGCUCUCACGUACACACAGCAGCCCGAGGGCAGGAAGAUCAUCCACGGUCAGCUGACCCUCUGGGUGGACGGCAUUCGGAAGUGUGACGCCUCGCUAGACUUCACUCUGCCCAGGAAGUCCAGUUUGUCAUCAGACAGUAAUAAGACCUACUGUAUGCUUGGACACUAUCAGCACUCCUCAGAGGAGCAGGCCAGCCCAAGUGCACGCUGGGAUAUGGGCACGCUGCUGCUCUUCAAUGGCUCCAGAAUUGACACUGCGGAGGCUUUUUACCUGUAUGCCAGCGGUCCUGACCUCACCUCCAUCAUGCCCUGCAAGUACGGCAAGCCUCAUGGGACACUAUCCAAGUACGUGACACAGGAGGGUCUUCAGUGUGACCAGAUACGAGAGCUCCUCAUGAGGAGUACAGACGUGGACAUCGCACCUCUUAUUGAGAGUUUAUCAGUGGUGUAUGCCCCCAGCACACCGUCUCUCUACACCAUAUAUGAGCCGGUGAUCCGUCUGAAGGGCCAGGUCAAGUCAGCGGUGGCUUCCCAGCGGCCCUUCAGUGCCAAAGAGGUCCAGAGCUCCAUCCUGGAGCCUCCUUUCCUCAGGACCAUGAUGCCCUGUCAGGCUCUCGGCCUUCACAGCGUCCUGCACAAGAUCGGAGGCACCGGCGCCUUUGUCUUCCUGUUCGCUCGGACGGUGGAGUUGAGCGACUGUGAGAGAACUCAAGCUCUGGCGCUGCAGCUGCUGCUGUCUCUGGUUAAGAACAACCAGCAUCGCACUCACGAGAUGGAGUGUUACCACGGCUAUUCCAUGAUUCACCAGGUUCUCAUCAAGCCCAAGUGCAUUGUGGGAUACCACCUUCUGAAGACACUGUUGGACGGCUGCUGCAACGGCUCAAUCCUGACGAUCGGAGAAGACGGUCAGGUCCAUCUGGAUGCUGAAUCCACUGCGGUGCUGCAAGAUCUCCGACUGCUUUCUGAAAUACUGCUGGACUGGAAGAUAUGGGCCAAAGCACAGUGUGGCGUGUGGGAAACGCUGCUGACCGCUUUAGAGAUCCUGAUCCGGGUGCAUCAUCCUCAACAGAUGUUCAACAUACAACAGCUUCUCAAGGCGCAGGUGGUGCAUCGCUUCCUGCUCUCCUGCCAGGUGCCUCAGGAGCAUCGGGACGAGUACCUGACCUCCAUCCCGCAGGAGGUCUGCCUCUCGUUUGUCAAAAUCAUCCAGGAGGUUUUGGGGUCUCCUCCAGACCUGGACCUGCUGCGGCUGGUCUAUAAUUUCCUGUUGGCCGUUCACCCCCCCACCAACACUUACGUGUGCCACACGCCCUCCAGCUUCUACUUCUCUCUGCACAUCGAUGGUAAGCUGUACCAGGAGAAGGUUCAGUCCAUGAUGUAUCUACGUCACUCCAGCAGCUCUGUGCUCUCACUGUCUCCCUCCGUCUUCACAGAGACGCCCGCUGAAGUACGCCACGCUUCGUCUCUCGAGCAUGGAGAUGAAGAUCUGUCACUGUGUCCCCCAAGUAUAGGCCCAUCUCCGCACUCUUCUCCGGCCCUGACGGCCCGUCUGACCCAUGGGACCUCCGAGCCUGAAGAAGGGACGUCCCUGAGUACCCAGCAGGACCUGGGCAGCACGGAGACCCUGAAGCGAGGAGGAGACGAGCUCCUUAGCAGCUGUGAGUCUGCGAAGACCAUUUGUGAAUCCCAGAACACGGGCGGCGAUGAGGAUGGCAGCAUCGCGGGAAACCGAACGCCCUCCAUCAGCGUAGAGGAGGAGCACGACGGCUCAGCGGGCAGCCCGCCGGACUCUGAGGACCAUUUAGAUUGGACCAGCGAGGAAGCGCCACGCAGACCAGACAGCCUGAAGGGAAUCCAGUCCUUCCAGAGGAGCCACAGUAACCUGGCUAGUCUGGGUUUGGCUUUUCCUGCACAGAACGGCUCUCUGACUAUCACUCGCUGGCCCACCGUGGCUGACCGUGCCGCUCCACCGGACGAUUGGGAAAGUUACACCUACUCUCCCGGGUAUGACAGACACAGCAAGGCGGACUCCGGUAACGACAGGUCCAGUGCUGAAGACUGUCUGGUUCUGAUCUGCUGUGGUCUGUACGAUCUUCUGAGAGGAGUUCUGCUCCUGCUGCCGGACCUCAUGCUGGAGGAGGUGAUGGACAAACUCAUCCAGCCUGAGGCUCUUCUCGUCCUGGUCAACCACUCCUCUCCUCUCAUACAGCAGGGCGUCAUGAAGCUGCUGGAUGCCUACUUCAGCCGCGCUCAGAAAGAGCAGAAGGAGAAGUUCCUGAAGAAUCAUGGGUUUUCGCUGCUGGCCAAUCAGCUGUACCUGCACCAGGGCUCUCAGGGUCUGCUGGAGUGUUUCCUGGAAAUGCUGUUCGGACGACCGGUCGGACUUGAGGAAGAUCUGGAUCUGGAGGACAUGGAGAACAUCUCCCCGUUCAGGAAGCGCUGUAUCAUCCCUGUGCUGGGUCUGCUGGAGAACUCUCUGUAUGAGAACUCACUCAUCCACAACAGCCUGUGUCUGCUGCUGCAGCUGCUCAACGCCUGCCCGAAGCUGACCGACAUCCUGCUGGACCAUGGCCUGCUCUACGUGCUCUUCAACACACUGUCCACCCUCAACGGCCUGGAGAAUGGGAUUCCUCCGGACGACUACAAGCUGGUGGUGUGUGACAUUCAGCAGCUGCUGGUGGCCGUCACCAUCCACUCCUGCAGCUCCUCGGGAUCUCAGUACUUCCGCAUCAUUGAAGACCUGAUCACCCUGUUGGGCUACAUGCAGACCAGCAAAGUUCGGCGGACACAGGAAAUGGCCACAGCACUGCAGUUCCGCGUGGUCCAGACAGCCAUCGAUUUCAUUAAGAUCACGGCCAAUCAGGACCCUCAGAAAUCUAGCAGCUAUGUUCACAUGCCCACUUCACCGCAUCAUGCUCUACAGCAGAAACGCAAAAGCAUCUCAGGUUCAAUGGGGCUGAAAGACUCCAUAAUUCCCCGUAUUCCCCGGCAGCACUACUGCUCGUACGGACUGAUUCCUCUGCCCUCCUCGUUCAGUUUCCUGUCCCAGGAUUCCCCCCUCCCCUCCCCUACCGGAGCAAACUCCUACAUGUUCCCCUCAGACACAGGUCGCAGGUGGUUCACGGUGGCCCCAUCAGACUCGCUGCUGACACGAAUGCGCUUGGUGGCCAGUGAUGAACUUAACGAGAUGAUGCAGCGGAGGAUGAGUCAAGAAAACCCCAUCAGAGCCAGCGAGACGGAGCUGGUCCAGAGACUGCAGAGACUCGUGGUUCUGGCUGUUAACAGACUCAUCUAUCAAGACAUCAAACAUGAUUUCUUUGACUUCCUGAACUUUCCUGAGUCUCCUGAUCACUCGAUGUCUGUGCCGUUAUCUGGUGAGCAGACGACUGAUGAGAACGACUCCACCCCGAUCCCACCGGGAAACAUGAAGAGCUUCCGGAAAGAUAUUCUCAAACUAAUGAUGGAGGGCAUAAAGAUCGGCUUGGGCAUCACGGGUCGUGGUGGCGCUCCUCGCCAGCAGUGGAAGCGAAUCCUCUGCUCCUGCCGUGACACGUUCAGGGUCCAGAUCGGCCGCAUGCUGGUGCACACGCUCAGCCCCGCAGUUCCUCUGGAGGACAGGAAGGAGGCGCUAGAGUUCGUCCAUGAGCAGAGCUACUCGGAGAUCCUCAGAGAGAGCCUGAGUCCUGGCCUCGAGCACGGGCCCAAGCUGGCUCUGUAUCUGUACGAGCUGUUACAUGAUCACAAAAACACCUUGAGCAAAGAAGAGCAGGCGGCUGCCAACACCUUCAUGACGGCGCUGAAACUCUGCGGCCACCGCUGCAUCCCACCCAGCGCUCCUGCCAAACCAGACCUCCUCAAAGCCAUCAAAGAGGAGCAACUGAAAUACGAGUCAGAGGCAAGAACCAGCAAAGGAGCCUGGGAAAAGAAGCUGGCUAACACUCAGAGGAGCCUGUUGCAGAGGCUAGAUGGGAAGUCAAAGGACAUCUCGAAGAUCGCGGCUGACGUCACUCAGAACGUGUCUCUCAGGCAGGGCAUGGAGCGGAAGAAGGUCAUGCAGCACAUCAGAGGCCUGUACAAGACCGACCUGAGCGCCAGCCGCCACUGGCAGGAGCUCGUGCAGCAGCUCACUCACGACCGGGCGGUGUGGUACGAUCAGUCAUCUUACCCCACUUCCUGGCAGCUGGAUCCCACCGAGGGGCCCAACAGAGAGCGGAGACGCCUGCAGCGCUGCUACCUGACCAUCCCGAACAAAUAUCUGCUCAAAGACAGACACAAACUAGACGAUGCUAUCAAGGCUCCUCUGGUCUUCCUGUUUGAGGACAAAACUCACUCCUCUUCAUCCAUAGUGAAGGACAAAGCCACCAGUGAGCCCAUCAGGUUUACAAGAAAGUGUGUUAGUGUGGCGCCCUCUAGAGAGACAGUGGGAGAGCUGCUGCUGGGAAAAUCUGGAAUGUACUUUGUGGAAGAUAAUGUUACAGAGGCAUUUGAUAACCAACAGAGUCCUCAUGGAGAGACAGAACCGGCCUCCUUCUCCUGGACCUAUGAGGAGAUAAAGGAGGUUCACAAGCGCUGGUGGCAGCUCAGAGACAAUGCUAUGGAGAUCUUCCUCACCAACGGCAGGACGCUGCUGCUCGCGUUUGAUACCACCAAGUUUCGUGACUAUGUCUACCACAACAUCCUGAGCUCAGAGCUGCCCAACCUGCUGGAGUACGGGAACAUCUCUGCUCUCACGCACCUGUGGAGCUCAGGACAGAUAACCAACUUCGAGUACCUCACCCACCUGAACAAGCACGCGGGCCGCUCCUUCAACGACCUCAUGCAGUAUCCCGUCUUCCCCUUCAUCCUGCGAGACUACACCAGUGAGACGCUGGACCUGCAGGACGCCUCCGUUUACAGGAACCUCAUCAAACCGAUUGCAGUGCAGUCUAAAGAGAAGGAAGACCGUUAUGUGGACAAUUACAGGUACCUGGAGGAGGAGUUUAAGAAAGGCAAGACAGAGGACGACCCCAUGCCCCCCGUCCUGCCCUAUCACUACGGCUCUCACUACUCCAACAGCGGCACUGUCCUGCACUUCCUCGUCCGGCUGCCUCCCUUCACCAAGAUGUUUCUGGCCUAUCAAGACCAGAGCUUUGAUAUUCCUGACCGAACGUUCCACUCCAUGAACACUACGUGGCGUCUGUCGUCCUACGAGUCCAUGACGGAUGUUAAAGAGCUCAUCCCAGAGUUCUUCUACCUGCCCGAGUUUCUGGUCAACAGAGAAGGUUUUGACUUUGGCGUGAGGCAGAACAGCGAGCGGGUGAACCACGUGAAUCUGCCACCAUGGGCCAGGAAUGACCCGCGACUCUUCAUCCUCAUCCACAGACAGGCUCUGGAGUCAGAACAAGUCUCCCAGACGCUCUGUCAGUGGAUUGACCUGGUGUUUGGACUCAAACAGAAGGGCAAAGCUGCGGUCCACGCCAUCAAUGUCUUUCAUCCUGCAACUUACUUUGGCAUGGACGUAUCUGCCGUGGAAGACCCUGUGCAGCGUCGGGCUCUAGAAACUAUGAUCAAGACGUACGGCCAAACACCCAGACAGCUGUUCAACGCCUCACACAUCAGCCGAGCAGGAAACAAACUCCUGUCCGAAGCAGAGCUGCCGGCAGCCAUGGGCCUCCUGGUGCAGCUGGCCUUCAGAGAGAGCCGCGAGCCGCCCAAAGACACCGUCUACCCGAGUCCUCUGCCGUGGAUAAAGGGCUUGAAAUGGGGCGAGUAUGUGGGAUCCCCCAGUGCUCCGGACCCCGUGGUCUGUUUCAGUCAACCUCACGGAGAACACUUCGGUUCCCUGCUGGCGCUGCCCACGCGUGCCAUCUGCGGCCUCUCGCGCAAGUUCUGCCUCAUGAUGAUCUACAGCAAAGAGCAAGGUGUAAGGAGCAUGCACAGCACUGACAUACAGUGGUCGGCUAUUCUGAGCUGGGGUUACACCGACAACAUGCUGCGUCUGAAGAGCAAACAGAGCGAGCCGCCCAUCAACUUCAUCCAGUGCUCACCGCUGCACCAGGUGAGUAGCUGUGCAUGGGUGCCGGACAGUUGUCAGCUGUUUACAGGCAGUAAGUGUGGAGUCAUUACCGCCUACAGCAACCGCUUCACCACCACGAUGCCGACAGAGAUGGAGGUGGAGACGCAGGUUCACCUGUACGGUCACACGGCGGAGGUCACAGGCCUGUUCGUCUGUAAACCCUACAGCAUCCUCAUCAGUGUCAGUCGAGAUGGGACCUGCAUCCUGUGGGACCUCAACAGGUUGUGUUACGUUCAGAGUCUCACAGGUCACAAGAGCCCGGUGAACGCUGUGUCCGCCAGUGAGACCACAGGAGAUAUCGCCACAGUGUGUGACUCAGUGGGAGGAGGAAGUGAUCUGAGGCUGUGGACGAUCAACGGAGAUCUGAUUGGUCAUGUUCACUGUCGAGAGAUCAUCUGUUCGCUGGCGUUCUCCAAUCAGCCGGAGGGAGUGUCGGUAAACGUGAUCGCUGGAGGACUGGAGAACGGUGUGGUCAGGUUGUGGAGCACAUGGGACCUGAAGCCAGUCAGAGAGAUCACCUUUCCAAAAUCCAACAGGCCUAUCAGAAGUCUCACGUUCUCAUGUGAUGGUCAUCACCUCUACACGACGAACAGCGAGGGCACGGUGAUCGCAUGGUGCCGUCGAGACCAGCAGCGCAUGAAGCUGCCCAUGUUUUACUCGUUCCUCAGCAGCUACGCUGCAGGCUGAUCCUGCGUCACGCCGCCCGUUACCCACACAGACACUGAGAGCAACCCCGCUGACCCAGGAAGAGGAGGAGCCAGCAUGCACAAAGCCCCGCCCACAAUCAUCACAGAUCCAUCGGAAAAGACGGCACUUGAAGCUACCGCACCAUAAAGAGCAGGAGGUCGUGAGGCAGAGCGAGAGCAGGCCUUUCCCACAUCAUUUCUCCUCGUCUCUUUUGACUGAUGAUUCAUGUAGUAUUGGUUCAUGAGUUUGUGAUUUUGAAAGCUGCUACAAUCUGGAACGUUUGAAGGCCUUUCCUUCUUUUUGUCCCUCAUCUCGCCAUCCUGAGAAUAGAAAUCCUGCUUUCAAAGCUAAACCAGACUGAAAUCAUCUGAACACUACGUUUGUCUGCAUCUGUCUGCGUUCCUGCUGAAGAUGAAUCUGUGAUCUACGCGGCAAGCUUUAAAUGGGACAUUUUCAGCAUGUGAAACUCAUGCAUGAGUGACAUGCAUCGGCGUAAUGAAUGUGUGCACGCAAUCCCUCUUUGAACUUCAUCCCUCAUUGACAAACCCUGUUCUUCAUUAUAAAAUGCACUUGGGACGAUCUUAUGAAUGUCAAAGGUGGUCGUGUGUCACUCAUGAAUCAUUGACUCUGCUUACUGUAUAUCUAUCCUGUGUUUUUCUGCCAUGUAUUUGUUUAACAGACACAAACGUCCCAGUUACCACAUCAAAUUCAUAAUAGUUCAUUAAAAAUGUGCUACUUUCUUCUUUUCUGUUUUGGUUUGUGUGUUGCAUGUUAUGGUCACUUAAGUGGUAUCUAACAUUGGCGAUACAAUAUAAAGUUUAGU